UCUGGAUUAAUUUUCCCUGCUUUCAUAUAAUUCCACUAAAUAUUGAGGAAUGUUUCUAUUAUGAUGCAAUGACCAGCAAAACGAUGGAAAUCACCUGCUUAGACUCUGUCAGGCUGGAGAACGGAUCCAGUCGGUGUUCAGGCAGGCUGGAGGUGAAGUCCAACAACUGGUGGUCCUCCGUGUGUGAAGAUGACUUUGACCUGCUGGAUGCAGAGGUGGUCUGUAGGGAGCUGGGCUGUGGGGCUCCUUCAGUCCUCCAGGGGGCGCUCUAUGGAGAAGCAGAAGCUCCCAUAUUGAGCAGAGAGUUUCUCUGUGAAGGUCAUGAGUCUGUUCUUCUGGACUGUGGAAGCUCAUGGAGGAAAACAAAAGCCUGUCCACCUGACAAAGCUGUUGGACUCACCUGCUCAGACUCUGUCAGGCUGGAGAACGGAUCCAGUCGGUGUUCAGGCAGGCUGGAGGUGAAGUCCAACAACUGGUGGUCCUCCGUGUGUGAAGAUGACUUUGACCUGCUGGAUGCAGAGGUGGUCUGUAGGGAGCUGGGCUGUGGGGCUCCUUCAGUCCUCCAGGGGGCGCUCUAUGGAGAAGCAGAAGCUCCAAAGUGGAACAAAGAGUUUCUCUGUAAAGGUCAUGAGUCUUCUCUCCUGGACUGCAACCACGCCAGACUAGAGAGAAGCUCCUCAUCAGACAAAGUUGUUGACCUCACCUGUUCAGGAAUCAUCCGCCUGGAGGGAGACGUCAGUCACUGUGCUGGAACACUGGAGAUGUUUUACGGUGGAGACUGGGGACCAGUAGCUGCUUCUAACUGGAGCCGGGACUCCGCCUCUGCAGUGUGCGCUCAGCUGGGUUGUGGUUCUGCUCUGUCUACUAGAAGCAAAGACAACUUCCUGAACAGAUCAGUGUGGUGGAUCCAGCCUCCGUGUGGCCCAUCACUGGAAGACUGUGAUAUUAUGCGUUGGGAUGAUCAAAGCCAAUCUACUCUUGAAAUAAUCUGUUCAGUCUCUGUGGUGGGUUUGAUGAUCCGUUGGGUUGUCGUCUCGGUGGGUUUGAUGGCGAUGAUCCUCGUCACCUGCUUCUACGCCACGAAAAGCAGACGGAGAACACGAGAGGAACCGAGACGUUCCUGAUGGUUCUGGUUCUGGAGGCUGUACAGAGGAGAGGACUGCAGUGUGAAGGAAAGAAUGAACAGUCCAGGCUGCAGCUGUAGAACUCUGCAUUACAUUACCAAUAGUUUCAAUAAGCAGCAAUAUUAACAUUUGACCCCAAACAAUAUUAAAGAUGAAACUAAUGAGUAAAGUAGCUCAUUUAUAGAAAAUGUCAUUGUCAUUCUUGCUCAUGUAAUCCUAAUUUUCUACAAAGAGAAUGAGGUGAGCGUUGGAUGCAGAUGUUGUACAAAAGCUGUGAAGUAAAAAGCGCUUUCAUCCACCAGAUUCAUGCUUUAAAGGUUGGAGCAAAUUAUUGUGGAAUGAUACCUGCUUUAUUGUUGAUGAACUCACUCCAGGUUUAAUGGGUCACGUUCAUAAAUCCUAGAAAGAAAAAGGAGAAAAAGAAAGUCAUUUGUAUAUCCCUUCCUGAACUGAUUAAUUUAAUCUGGUUCAUCAGGUUAUAAAUCAUUUUGCAGAGGAGGAAGCUGUAGAUUAAAUGAUACAUCUAAUAUUUUUAUGUAAAAAUAAAGUUUAUUUACAGUU